CUCUUCUCUGGCAGAGGUGGGAACAUUUUGCCCUAUGUGACUGCUAAGACACACCACUGUCCAUUCUUCCCUUUGCACGCCUUCCAGAAUAUUCCGUGGCAGUUAUUCCCAACCCACCAUCAGUUGUGCCAGGAGGAGGAAAUGCAGACCGUUUCAGCUGCUCCACCAUCAGCAGAAGAUAUUAACCAACUGAAGAAAAAACAGGGUGACUAUCUCACACCCCCAUUUGACCCACGCUUUCCAAAUACCAACCAGACCAGGAACUGCUACCAGAACUACCUGGAUUAUUACCGCUGUGUGAAGACCGUAAAAGCCAACGGCAAGGACGUCAAGGUGUGUGAAUGGUACCACAGGGUCUUCAAAUCCCUGUGUCCCAUUUCCUGGAUACAACGCUGGGAUAGUGAGCGUGCACAGGGAACCUUUGCUGGUAGGAUAUAAACUUCAACCUCCCCUUGCCUUAUGGACCCACA